GAAGUCAACAGCCUAGCGUUAAAGUUCAAAAUCAAAAAUGUGGAAGAAGUUUUCGCGCAUUUUGGUUUGUUUUAAAUGAAAUAAGUAAUCGGUCCGCUCCUGGGUGUAUGUGUUAAGUGACUUAAGAGACUUCGUUCUUCCAUAGACUGUUUUUGUGGAAAUAAUCAGAGAGACAAUCUAGAGACAAAAGUCGAUUAAACGGGAUUAUGUGUAAUAGUAUCAAAAACAAAUGUUGACAAUGGAUUACCACUUCUUUGGAUUAGCAAAAUUUAUCUGUAUACUACUGACGCUUCUCCCGACAAUAUAUGCGAGCCAUUACGACCGUGACAUAAUUCUAACGCCCAACAAAACGCAACAGCACGUCGGAAAAAUAAUUUAUUUCAAACCAUUCGAUAAAAGCUCAUCAGCAUCGAAGCAACGGUCGUUGAAAGAAAACGUCCAAACCACUCAGGUACCAUGGGAGGAACCACUAAAACACGCCACAUAUUUGGUGCUCAACAAUAAGAUUGAUGGCAACGACAAUUCAAGCGAAUUCGUCAACGAGACUCAACUGCAAACCGCAACUUAUGUACGAGGAUCUCACAAAUCGUACCAGAAAUUCGGUGACAUUGUAUCGCUAGCCCGCGGCCGAUUAGAAGCCGAUGAGGACAAAAAUUUCGUCUUCAUCGAAAUGGAUCGCAAUGAAUGUAAAAAACUGAAUUGUUCGUUGAACGGUGACGACGAUAAGAAUAUUACAGCGUUCUGGUUGGUCGAAAAGUUAAGGCACAGGGACGAAAAGCAGGGCCACCGAUACGAACUGAGAAUAACAAUUUUCCCGAUAAAAAAGUAUCGUGCGGAGAGUAAGCGAGAUGCGACGGAGAAUCAACCGAAGAGGAGAAGUUUUGUGAUUCGAGAGCAAGAUUACCCGAAAUAUUUUGACGAGUCAAUGAAACCGAGCAGUAAAAUUCAGAAACGAUUUUUCGACUUAGUUGGCAGUUUGUCAGAGAGACCGUUCGAGCAAUAUGAAAUACCGUUUUCUGUCGGGAGGUAUCAAAACCGAUACCCGGACGAUCUGAACACCGGCGAAUAUUAUCAUCCCAAGCGAAAUGGUGAACAGUACUAUCAACGGCCGGUUGCUACAACAAGCUCGUAUGGCGGACAUGUACAAUUUCCGGAUGCCAUUACAGCAACGAAUGAUUUUCUGGAAGCGACCCGAACCUAUCCGAUAAGUCCGUUCACGUCCACUCAUUUGCAUCAUCAUUAUUAUUUGAAUCGGAACAAUGUUCCGCUGAUCAAGGCUACCGGAUUUGAAAAGGAGACUGUUUACGAGGAUCCUUCGGGUGAUGAUUAUCGAACGCAGGUACGCGUACGCAAUCCACAAAUCGAGGAAGAUUCAUCCCAAAUUCAUCAACAACCAGACCAAAGUCAAUCCAAUAAGCAACAAGAACCGAACGCAUCGCCUCAGAAUAACCCAAUACCAACAGCGGUUGGCAUUGGUUACAAUUUUUACACAGAACAACCACACAACGUGUACGAGGUGAGCGAUUCGUCUGGUAAUAUUUUUGGCAAUCAUCAACAUUUGCAGACACCAUACUCACUAUCCGAACAAGUACCCGCUCCUCCGCUUCAAUUCGGCCAAUUUUACCAACAAAAUCAUCCCUACAAUCAUCCACUACAAUUGCAAGUCGCUACACCGCCUCAACAAUACUUAGUGAAUGGCCUCGAAAAUGCACCGAUAACCACAGCACCAUUCAGCCUGCGACAACAGCAGUAUCAAUUAGAACAAUUCCGACCAAUAAUCGACUAUCCAUCAAGGUUCAAUCGUCAGCAAUUUCCGAUCCAAAGCAACGACGUGAAUGUCAAUUACAAUCAACAAUUUGAACCGAACCGAUAUUCCGAGCCAGAUCCAAUUUAUCAUGGCGAAAAUAUCCCGCUUGCACCCUACACAAGGCAGGUUGGAUUCGAUCCCGUUAUUGACAUUGGAAACCAUCAGCAACAAGCAACGUCGGCACCAAAACCAACGGAGAAUUCAAAUCAAAAUCAAGAGAAGCCAGAGAAGCAAACAGAACUAAAGAACGAUGAAGAGGAAUAUGAGAUCAAUCCGGUUAACGUAAGAAAGAGGCCGGAACGGCAGCGUGCAAAAACACAAAGUAAAUCAAAGCAACAACAACAGCAACCAGACCGUACUGAAAAUCAAACCAAAUAUCCGGAUUCGAUAAAUGCGCAAUUGCCUCCACCGGAACAAGAUGAUGACCUGACCGUUCCCUAUGUGGAAUCGUCGGUGAUAACACAAACGUCCUUGAUUCAAUCUACGUCAGCUGAAUCGAAUGACUAUUCAAAACAUUCCACUAAUUACGAAAAGCCCAGGCGAGUUCGUCCCCGUGGAUACUAUGGUCCGCGGACUACAACUGAAAAGCCGAUUCUGAAAUGGAUGCCGAAGAAAACGAAACCUAAAGGAUCGAUAACCAUUAUUGAAGAUGCCGACGAGAGUGCCUCAACGGCAUCACCUGUCACAACGGAAGCGAUAGUCACAGUUACACCUGUUAACAAUCACAGUGAAGAGCCGCGUACCAGCGUUAGCACUUCGAUAAGUGUACAAGUUGGAUCGAAUUCGGCGGCUCCGGUGUUGUCGCAUUCGAAACAAACAACUAGGCCGACAAACAGUUCAAGUGAACCCAAAGAAUCGGAAGAAUUUACCGGUUUUUUGCCAACAGUCAUUCCGAAUGUUGAACUGGUUCGGGGAAUCAUAGAGGCGGUCCGAACAAAUCAGAGUAACUUGAAGUUGUUCAGAUCGGGAGAAAUUGAUGACAACGAUGCAGAAGAAGAUCACAUAGCGCAAUCGAUAAUUACGCAUGCAAGAGGUUUGUGAGAAGUUGUUUUGGCAUUUUUGUAAAUUUUGAUUUUUUUAAUAAAAAAUUUAUUUAAUUACGA